UUACUGAGCCGGUUAGAAUCCAGUUACUUUAGUUUAUUUGUCUACAUUUUUAUGCGUGAAUAUAAACGGGUGAGGGCAGAAGCUACUUAAAUCACGUCAUUUUAAAUAUAUAUCUUCAAAAGUUGGUCUCUGCUCGAAGGGUAUAACAUAUCAUGUUCUGAUAACCUCUCGCGUAUUUCUGAAAAAAGACGAAAUGAGUAAAGGGAAGGAUAUUCAAGUCCCUUCUCCUAUGCCGGAGGAGCUUUUUUCAAGCAGUUGAAAGGUUUUCUUGAUUCAAAAACGCUUUUUGCAGCCUGUGAAUUAGGAAUCUUCGACAAACUGCGCUCCGCAUCCGCACCAUAAUCAGCCGACGAAAUAUCAAAGGCAUUGUCCUCCAAUCUGGACGCCACUACACGUCUCAUGGACACUCUUGUGGCAAUGGAAUUAGUAUAGGUAAUAGCAUGAUUUGUGGUGAUAUUUGGCAUAAAUACCAUGAGUGAUAUUUCAAAAUUGUUAUACGUAAUUUCACGAGCCGUUAGGCGAGUGAAAUUUGAGACAAUUUUGAAAUAUCACGAAUAGUAUUUAUGCCAAAUAUCACGUACAAAUCCUGCUAUUAUUUCUUUACACUACUACCCCCAAAAGGUUUGUAAUCUUCACAUGUAGGUAUUUCAAGUUAAGCUGAAAUAUCACUGCACUAAGCCAAUCAAAUUGCAGAAAUUUCUCCUGUAGUAGUAUAACUAGAAAAAUCCAGACAGGGUGACCAAUGAUUGUACAAUAAUUCUGAAAUGGCUACUAAAUUUCUCACCAAAGACAGUCGAAAUUCGCAUCUGGAUAUGAUCACAUUUACAAACAAAAGGAUGUAUCCUAUCUUUGGAAAUUUAGAAACCGCAGUUCUUGAAGGAACUACACAGUGGAAGAAGACGUUUGGAAUGUCUGCAGAAGACUGUUUUCCCAGUGUUUCCGAAGAAGCCAAAUUGCGGUUCAUGGGGGCCAUGCAUUGUAACUCACUCUACGGAAGUUAUGCUGCUGCAAAAGCCAUUGAUCUAAGCGCGUACAGAAGCUGCUGUAACCUAGGAGGUAAGUCAAAAACUGACGGAACGUUCGUAUACAUCACACGCUAUUUUUAUAAGAAGUGUAACACAAACAAUGGAAAUGCCCACAGCGGCUAAACUAAAUUAAUAGUCGACUGAAUACAAUAACAUAGAGAAAUUUUGAGCCAAGAAAAUGUCUUAAGUAAUUUGCAUAGUAUUCAGACUUUCAUUUCAAAUGUAUCAUAUUAUUUUUGUUCUUAAACUCGUCACCAAUUUGUCAGUUACUUACGAUUCUCAGUAAGAUAGUCAAGCGACAUAUCACGUGACGAUAAGUGUAACAAAUUUUAAUUCAAUUUUAAUCCCUGUGCCAAAAUUAUCGGCAGUAAAUCAUUUUUUCCUUAACUAACCUGUUAGAUCCAGGUUUUAAAACUACUUAUGGAAAAGACCUUGUAUAUGAAAAAUGCUAAGCCUGUUUCAAACCAGCACGACUGUAGCACGACUUGGUUUAAUGAUAAGACGUCGAAUUCAACUUAUUCAAUACCUUUCCGUGAAUAACUUUGCAUGAGCUUUGUAACUGCUGUCCCAUUUUAAUUACGCUCGUAGUCCCGGUUGUGGAUACUUAGACGAAUUUAGUAGAGAAAAUUUAUAACACGAAACUCUAUAGUAAAAACAUUUUUAUAAUCUCCGUUUAUUUAUUUUAUUCGUUUAUUUAUCUCUUCAAAUUAGAGGACAAGCUUGCGCCCUAUGGAACUGUUCGCAUGCCCAGUUACGCAGAAAAAAACCAGUCGUAGGGGUUUGCAUCAAAUUAUAGGCAAAAUUCAAGACUUCUGUUCAAAUUCCGAAAUUGUGUAAAUCGCUCCUAUUUACCAGAAAAAUGGCCACAAAAGCCUUAAAACAUAUAAAAAAGGUAGAGAUGGAGAAACGCGUUAACUUCCGUUUUCAACAUUCCGGAUGGGGAAAACACGGCAACUUUUUGGAGGUUACGUGUCUUCCAGGAACUUUCACUGGGUUUACACAAAAAUUCUAUAUCCAAGCAAGAUUUUCGGAAAAUUAGUUAUAAAUGUGCUAAACAGUAAACGAUCUAUGACUCUGCUUGCUGAAAUGGAAAUUUAAAAUUCCCUAUUUCUCUCUGCUCUAGGGGCUGUGGGAACUCUAGCCUAUGCUUUCUGUCAGUUCUACCCUGAAAUGAAGAUAAUAGUUUGUGACUUGGAGCCAGCCUUGAUUUUAGCUCAUCACUUCCGACCAUCAGUGGAAGCUUGCCAAAAUCAAGCCAAUGUUUCCUUUGCGGUCAGCGAUUUCGUCAAUCCUGAAACCAUAUCAAAGGCUGAAUUGUAUGUGUUGUCUCAACACAUACACGGACUGACUACUAUUAGUCGGAAGUAA